AUGGCGCCACAAGUGUUAUAUAUGGGGAUCCUCCGAAACGACCCGCAGCCUGCGCUGGAGCUUGCGGUGGAGAAAGAUCUUUCAAGCUUCUCUAGAUUUACACGACAAAACUAUGGCGAAUUCAUGACCAUGUUCGCUAAGACCGUUGCGGAGCGUACAAAACCGGGCAUUCGUCAAGAUGUGGAGGAGAAACAAUAUACGUUCCAUGCCUACGCCUCGUCACAAGGUAUCUGCGGCAUCAUCAUAUCAGACCCUACCUACCCGAAGAUGGUAGCCCACGGUCUUCUUUCGAAACUGGUUGAUGAGUUUACCAGCGCGCAUCCACGCUCCCAGUAUACAGGGACCAAUGUCGGGCAGCUGGAUUAUCCACAAUUGAAGGAAUAUAUUGUGAAAUACCAGAAUCCCGAGGAAGCUGAUAGUAUCAUGAAGAUUCAGCAAGAGCUUGAUGCGACAAAGGUAGUGCUACACAAGACAAUACAGAGCGUGCUGGAACGUGAGGAGAAGCUAGACACUUUGAUUGAGAAGUCCAAUGAGCUGUCAGGGCAAAGUAAAAUGUUCUAUACGCAAGCGAAGAAGCAAAACUCGUGCUGCAUUGUGAUGUAG